CUUAAAUGUUUACUGAAAGUUAUCGGACAGAACAGCUGAUUUUUUGUUUUGUAAUAUUUGAGCGGUUUCAAAGACCUGAAGAGUUGGAUCUCUAGCGUAAAUUCAGUCGAAUUCCCAUUGACAGCGAAGAGGAGUGGAAGAAACCCCAAGUAACCGGAAACCGGUUCGGCAAAACCAUCGAGAAAUCACUGCCCCAAGCAGCAGGAAUAUGAGUUUCCCGGACAAAGCUGAGCGCACCAAGUGCUGGAGCAACCGGGACGAGUACUGGAAGUGUCUGGACGAGCACGCUCCCAAGCACAGCUGCACCAGCGGGGAGAAGGUGCCCUCCGCCUGCCAGAGCCUCCGUAAGCUGUUCGAGCAAUCCUGUCCAGGCCAGUGGGUGAAGCACUUCGAUCGCAAGCGCACCUACGAGCAGUUCAAGGAGAAGAUGGCCAAGGGAUACGAUCCCCUGGAGGAGCGUGCGCGGGCCGAAAAGCAGGCCAAGUGAUCCUGAAUCCCGACCAGGACGCCAGGAGCACCCGGUGGCCAUCAGUCAUCCGUGUUUUUGUACUGUUGUAGGGUAGUGUAAAUAAAUAACCCAUCUAGCUAUAUGACUACAAA